AUGGGGGCUUCAGACCCGGAAGUAGCGCCUUGGGCUCGCCGCGGAGUAGCUGGGAUGGCUGGUGCUGGAGCUGGAGCGGGAGCUCGUGGCGGAGCGGCGGCGGGGGUCGAGGCCCGGGCUCGCGAUCCGCCACCCGCGCAUCGCGCACAUCCGCGCCACCCUCGGCCCGCGGCUCAGCCCUCUGCCCGCAGGAUGGACAGUGCAUCCGGGGGCCUGGGCUCUGGGGACAACACCCCGACCACCGAGGCGCUUUUCGUGGCGCUGGGCGCGGGUGUGACAGCGCUUAGCCAUCCGUUGCUCUACGUGAAGCUGCUUAUCCAGGUGGGUCAUGAGCCCAUGCCCCCCACCAUUGGGACCAAUGUCUUGGGGAGAAAGGUCCUGUACCUGCCCAGCUUCUUUACCUACGCUAAGUACAUUGUGCAAGUAGAUGGAAAGAUAGGACUGUUCCGAGGCCUGAGCCCCAGGCUGAUGUCCAACGCCCUCUCCACUGUGACCCGAGGCAGUAUGAAGAAGGUUUUCCCUCCAGAUGAGAUGGAGCAAGUUUCCAACAAAGAUGACAUGAAGACUUCUCUGAAGAAAGUAGUGAAGGAGACCUCCUACGAGAUGAUGAUGCAGUGUGUGUCCCGCAUGCUGGCCCACCCCCUGCAUGUCAUCUCAAUGCGCUGCAUGGUCCAGUUUGUGGGACGGGAAGCCAAGUACAGCGGUGUGCUGAGUUCCAUUGGGAAGAUUUUCAAAGAGGAAGGGCUGCUUGGAUUCUUCGUUGGCUUAAUCCCUCACCUCCUGGGAGAUGUGGUUUUCUUGUGGGGCUGUAACCUGCUGGCCCAUUUCAUCAAUGCCUACCUGGUGGAUGACAGCGUGAGUGACACCCCAGGGGGGCUGGGAAACGACCAGAAUCCAGGUUCCCAGUUCAGCCAGGCCCUGGCCAUCCGGAGCUAUACCAAGUUUGUGAUGGGAAUUGCAGUCAGCAUGCUGACCUACCCCUUCCUGCUAGUUGGUGAUCUCAUGGCUGUGAACAACUGUGGGCUACAGGCCGGAAUGCCCCCUUACUCCCCAGUGUUCAAGUCCUGGAUCCACUGCUGGAAGUAUCUGAGCAUGCAGGGCCAGCUCUUCCGUGGCUCCAGCCUGCUUUUCCGCCGGGUGUCAUCAGGAUCAUGCUUUGCCCUCGAGUAA